UGUACCAUAGGAAACUGUAAGAAAAUGCUCAUUUGUACUGCAGUAUAUUUAAAACUUUUCACAGACUGUCAAACUGUGACAUGAAAAUACUGUAAAAUCAACAAUUUUGCUGUCCUUUUUACUUGAGUGUGACCCUGUGUGGACAAGACUAUGGCUACUUCAUUGCAUCUGCUUGUACUGAGCAUUCUCAUGCAGCCAUUAUAUCUGACAGCAGAUUCACGGCAGCAUGUGACAGCUGAUGUUCGGAUUAAAAACAAUCCAAUCUACUUCAAUAUUGGAGGAGUACUCAGCAACAUGGAAAGCCAGAUGUUUUUUAAGGAAACAAUUUCACAUUUGAAUUUCAAUAGUAAGUAUGUUCCAAAAGGUGUAACAUAUGACUCCACUGCAAUCUUAAUGGAUCCAAAUCCAAUACGCACUGCUCUAAAUGUUUGUAACUAUCUCAUAAAUCAAUCAGUAUAUGCUGUCGUGGUGUCACACCCCUUGACUGGUGAUCUCUCUCCUGCAGCCGUUUCUUAUACUAGUGGCUUCUAUCACAUACCAGUUAUUGGGAUAUCUUCGAGGGAUUCAGCAUUUUCUGACAAGAACAUUCAUGUGUCAUUCUUGCGCACAGUGCCUCCAUACUCACACCAAGCUGAUGUGUGGGUGGAGUUACUAAAACACUUAGGUUACAGGAAAGUGAUAUUCAUUCAUAGCUCCGAUACAGAUGGCAGGGCUCUUCUGGGGCGAUUCCAGUCUACUUCACAAAGUCUAGAAGAAGACGUAGAGAUGAAAGUGCAGGUGGAAUCUGUGAUUGAAUUUGAACCUGGACUGGAUAACUUCAUUGAUCAACUUUUGGAAGUAAAGAAUGCUCAGUCACGAGUAUAUGUAAUGUAUGCUGGGGAAACAGAUUCCAAGGUGAUUUUCCACGAUGCUAGUCUUCUCAAUAUGACUGGCAAAGAUUAUGCCUGGAUUGUGACUGAACAAGCUCUGGAAGCUAGUAAUGUUCCUAUUGGAAUAUUAGGACUCAAAUUAGUCAAUGCUACUAGCGAAGAAAAUCACAUUAAAGAUAGCAUUUAUGUACUGGCAUCUGCCUUGCGCCAAAUGAACCAGACAGAGGUUAUAACAAAAGCACCGAAAGACUGUGGGAAUUCAGGACAAAUAUGGGAAACAGGAAAGGCACUAUUUGAAUUCAUCAGGAAACAAACCCUAGAGAAUGGAUCCACAGGUAAUGUGGCAUUUGAUGAUAAUGGAGACCGAAUCAAUGCCGAGUAUGAUAUUAUUAAUGUCCAGAAUCAAACACAGAUUUCAGUUGGACAACAUCAUUAUUCAAAUGAACACAAACGAAUGAAACUGAAACUAGAUAAAAGUGCUAUCAUAUGGCCUGGGAACACAAAGAAUCAGCCUCCUGGAUUCAUGAUCCCAACCCAUCUGAAGGUUCUGACCAUUGAAGAGAAGCCAUUUGUAUAUGUACGUGAACUCCAAGCUGAAGGAGAUGGAUGUACUCCAGAUGAGAUUCCCUGCCCACACUUCAACAAUACGAAUGAUGGUUUCAAACAAUACUGCUGCAAGGGAUUCUGUAUGGACCUGCUCAAGGAAUUGGCAAAAAAGAUUAAUAUCACUUAUGAGCUAUUAUUAUCUCCAGAUGGCCAAUUUGGUAGUUAUAUUAUAAGGAACAGCACUGUGCCUGGAAAGAAAGAGUGGACAGGACUGAUUGGAGAACUGGUAAACCAGCAAGCUGAAAUGAUCGUGGCACCACUUACCAUCAAUCCAGAAAGAGCAGAGUUCAUUGAAUUUAGUAAACCGUUCAAGUAUCAGGGAAUAACAAUAUUGGAAAAGAAGCCUUCAAGAUCUUCUACACUGGUGUCAUUUCUGCAGCCAUUCAGCAAUACACUCUGGAUCCUGGUGAUGGUUUCAGUACAUGUUGUUGCACUGGUGCUUUACUUGCUGGACAGAUUUUCUCCCUUUGGUCGCUUCAAACUUGCUAAUACUGAUGCUACCGAGGAGGAUGCCCUCAACCUUUCUAGUGCCAUUUGGUUUGCUUGGGGUGUUCUUUUGAACAGCGGCAUUGGAGAAGGCACUCCCAGGAGUUUCUCGGCAAGGGUUCUGGGGAUGGUAUGGGCAGGCUUUGCUAUGAUCAUUGUUGCCUCAUACACAGCCAAUCUGGCUGCUUUCCUUGUGUUGGAGAGGCCCAAGACAAAACUCACUGGAAUCAAUGAUGCAAGACUAAGAAACACAAUGGAAAAUCUGACUUGUGCCACAGUCAAAGGUUCUGCAGUGGACAUGUACUUCAGGCGACAAGUGGAACUGUCUAAUAUGUACCGCACCAUGGAGGCGAAUAAUUAUGACACUGCUGAGGAAGCCAUACAAGAUGUCAAACAAGGGAAACUCAUGGCCUUCAUCUGGGACAGUUCUCGGUUAGAAUUUGAAGCAGCACAAGACUGUGAGUUGGUUACAGCAGGUGAAUUAUUUGGGCGCUCAGGAUAUGGGAUUGGCUUACAGAAAGGUUCCCCAUGGGCUGACGCUGUUACUCUCGCUAUUCUAGAUUUUCAUGAGAGUGGCAUCAUGGAAAGUCUGGAUAACCGCUGGAUAUUACAAGGAAAUUUUCAACAAUGUGAACAAUUUGAAAAAACACCCAACACCCUAGGUCUAAAGAAUAUGGCAGGCGUAUUCAUUCUAGUAGCAGCUGGCAUUGUUGGUGGAAUUGGCCUCAUUAUCAUUGAGAUGGCUUACAAGAAGCACCAGAUUCGCAAACAGAAGAGAAUGGAACUUGCACGACAUGCUGCUGACAAGUGGCGUGGCGCCAUUGAGAAACGAAAGACACUGAGAGCCACAAUGGCUACUCAGCGCCGUCUUAAAGCUAAUGGUGUAAAUGACCCAGCAACUGUUAGCUUAUCAGUAGAUGCAUUACCUCGGCACUGUCUGGAGACCAGGAGUCCUGCUCGUGCUUGGCCAGGUGGAUGUGAUAUCCGUCAACGCAUUCCUCACACAGAUGAGAUUCGAGUAGCAACUACAGCACAAAGUAACUUGGCUUAUGGGACUGGCCUGCCUGAUAUGAUAGUGUAGUUUACCACGUAAUAUCUUACAAGAGAUUUUAAUAUUGAAUUAUACACUCAUGUUAAAAAUAAUUUAUAAAUUUAAUGAAUUAUGGAAAAAAAGUCUACUUCGGUUGCCUGAUAUACAUUUAUUUAUAUGGUUGUGGUACAUUUAUUUCAUCUGCAAAACUAUUAUUUUUAUAUAUCAGCAUGUUAAGCUGUCUGCUGUUUCAUUUCGGACUGAUUAGUUCCUCUUUACAGCAAUGAAAAAUAAACCAAUUUCUCUGUCAUAACUAAAGCACAAUUUAAAACUCUUGUAAUCACUUACUAUUCAACAUUUUCAUAGUUCUCAGAAUGUGAUUUAUAUUAUAAAUAUAUUUUUUUGCUGAAUUCAGAAACAGGAACAUGUCAAAGUUGCCACAAUUCAUAAAUUUAUAAACAGCAACAAAUUCAUUGUACACCAGCAACCAUAUUUAAUGAGAUUUCAGGUUCUCAUGGCACUGAGUAUGAAGAUGGCUGUCUUCUGCUAUGUUGUUUUGUGUAGCCUAGUACAAAUUAACAGAUGUUUCAGAGGUGCUUGCCCUGAUGAUGGAGGCAGUAAACACAGCUGUCAUUUUCAAACAGACUACACAGUACAACAUCCCAUAUCAUAUUUAAUUAAAAUCUGCCAUAAGUACUUGCAUCUUCUGAUUGCUGGUAGAAAGUUAAACUGGAUGAGGCAAUUAAAUAUCUCACGAGGUAAUCUUGAUAAUAACAUAAAAACAGAACUGUAAAAACAUAAAUGGCUAGUUGUGGGUAAAUCAAAUAUAGUUUCCCUCUUUCUAUUUAUAAAAAUUAUUUGAGCAUGAGUUCUGUUAUUAUAGAACCUAAUCAUACAUUUGUGUCUAUCCGCUGUUCUCAAAAAUAAAUGACUAAUCCUUCAAAGUGCCCAUAUAAAAUUAUCCUAA